AUGGGCUGGAUAACCCGCUACGGAAAAUGGCAAGACGACUUCGCUCCGCCCGCCCCGAGACCCAUCCGCUUCAAGCACAUCGUCGCCGGCCUCAUCUUCCUCGCCCUCUUGGGCGCAUGCAUAGCCUUCUUCUCGCUCACAGUCAUCUUCGUGCCGAAGCCCCAGCUCACUGAGUACAUGCCGAAGGGUGUGUUCUGCGCGACAUGCGAGGAGAUCUGGUACCAUAACCGCAAUUUGUUCGAUCGAGAGGAUAUGCUGUGCUAUGGGCCGCCUACGCAUGACCGUAUGACUAGGAUAAAAGAGGAGGUCAUGUUUAGUGAGGAGAAGAGGUGCUGGGCGCUCAAGAAGGGGCAUGAUGAGUGGAUGCGCCCGCUUCAAGUGACUGAUGAGGAGACGAAGAAGUGGGAAAGGAGGGCGCAGACGAUUGUGCUGAGAGGUGGACACUGGCCUUGA